AUGAAUUAAGUGCUAAGACUAGCAAAUAAUGUCUCAUAAUAAAGCUCUUCUUAUGAGUUUGAGUAUUUGAAUAAAGUCUUUAUUGGAUUUAAGGUGAAAUUUCUGAUAUAGCAAUCAAAGCCUCAUCACCAACUCAAAUCAAUAAGAAUAUUCUCUUAUCAUGAGAGAUAUAUAGGAGGGACUUAAAUGAUUAUUAUGAUUUACUAUAUUAGAAAAUAUGUAACUUAUAUGUCUAAGAAUAUACAUUUAUUUUAUCAAAAUACCAGUAAUAUAAGCAAAUUAAGAAUAAAAAAAUAGGAGAGGAAUAGUUAAUGGCAGUUGAUAAGAAUAUAUUAAUAAUUAUUUAUGUUUCGAAAAUAAUUAAAAUCAGUUGAUGAUAAAAAGACUAAUAAUCAAUCACCUUAUCGUUUAAAUUUCUUUAAUAACUAAAUUAAGAAUAAAAGGGAUUAAGAAUUGGGAUAAGUUCAAGAUGUUGGAAAUAAAAGAAGAUUAAAGAAAAAGGAAUCUCUAUCAAUAUCAAACACAUUUCAUUUUGAUGACUAACAACCUGCCUCAUUUAAUAGUUUUUUUGUUCACUCAUAAAAAAAGCCUUAGAAUAGAGAUAAAUUAGUUACUGAGAUAGGGAAUUGUGGAUCUUAUCGAAAAAGAGUUGAAACACUACACACAUAGUAAUUUUCAGAUGAUGACGCAAGAUUGCAUCCUGAUCGAUAAAAUGAAAGAUUGAGAUUGAAACUCUACUUUAAUUUUUAAAAGAUGCAAGCAAGAUUGGUCAAUUUGAUCAAUCUUAUUUAGCAAAUUGAUGCGUGUUCCUUAAAUAAUUACAUCUCAGAGAUUUCAUCUGCCACAAUUGAAAUUAUUGGAGGUCAUUGCAGAUAAUUUAAGAGAUUUAUGAUAAAUGAAUGCAUAGGUUUAGUUUUCUAUUUGAUGAUCAAGAGAGGAAUACUCUAAGGGAUUGAUCUGAAUAAAUGGGAAAAGCUACUCAUCUAUAGUCAUUAAGCUAAUACUAUUUAAACAAUCUCCACUCUGAAAUUGCAGAUUAAAGGUGUUUAACAAUAUUAGCAUCAGUUUCAGUAAUUUCAAAGUAUGAAUCCUCUCAUUCCUAAUCAAAUUGAAAAGAUGAAUUUAUUAAUUGAAUAAAAUAUAGACAAAUUGCUAAAGAAUACAUAAGAUAAAUAAGUUCAAUAGCAUCUUUAAGCUUAUCGAGAUUCAUAAAUUGAUGCAGCAUUUUAAUUUUACUAAUAAAAGCUGAGAGUGAUCAUAGUCAAUCUCGAAAGAUUUUUAUUUUUGCUACCUAAAAGUUCAACUGUUUAUACAUUAGUAUUGGACUUAGAUGAAACAUUGGUUCAUUUUAUAGAAGAAACUCAAGAAGUCUUAAUUCGACCAUAUACAGAGAUAUUUCUAGAAUAAAUGGGGAAGCAUUUUGAAAUUGUAAUAUUUACAGCUGGAAUCUAGUCAUAUGCAGAUAAGAUUAUCGACAAAAUUGAUGUUAUGAAUGUAGUAAAGCACAGGUUGUAUCGACAUCACACGUUUUCAUAAGGGAAUGUUAUGUUGAAAGACUUAAGCACUUUGGGGAGACCCCUUUCAAAAACGAUCAUAGUUGACAAUAAUCCAUAUAAUUUUGUUUUAUAGCCACAUAAUGGUAUUAAAAUAAAGGCUUGGGUGGGAGAUGAAAAAGAUAGAGCACUUGUUGAAUUGAUGCAAUACUUAAUAAAAUUGACUAAAUAUGAGGAUAUCAGAAUUGGUCUAAAAGAAUUAAAGGCAAACCCUCAUUAUUUUACAACUUCUUUCUGA